GAGACGGCAGUGGAUCAUCAGAGCCUCACCAUGAAAGUCAGUCACACUUUAAUCUGCUGCCUCGUCCUCUCUCUGCUGGACGGAGACAUCGCUCUCGUCGGCGCACAGGAGUUCGUCUAUUCAGCCGUUGAAGGAGAAGCUGUCAAAGUUAAAUGUUCCUUUUCUGUGUCUGGAAGCAGGAGGAUCUUCUGCAGGGAACCAUGUCAACCAGACGACUUUCUCAUUGACACAACUGAUGUCAGAGCUCAGAGGGACAGAUACAGCAUUGAAUAUAAAUGGGAGAGAAACAAAUGGCAUAUUUCUGUGAGCAUCACACACCUGACAAAGUCUGACUCGGGAAAGUACAGGUGUGGCCUGGGCAGCACUCGGUUUGAAUACGAGAAGUUAGAGAUCAUUGUCACAGACGCUCUGCUGGAGGAAACCCAUAAAGAAAAGACCGUCCGUGUAACGACCGGAGCAGACGUCACAGUCGAAUGUUCCUUUCCUUUCUCUUCAAUAAGGAAGAAUUUCUGUAAAGGAGACUGUGAAGGAAAGAACAUUUUGGUUGAAACAAGGGGUGAGACAGCUCGGGAAGGCAGAUACAGCCUCAGAUACUUUACAGGAUCUCCUUCAGGAGGGUUUCUGUUCAUGACCAUCACACAGGUGACAGAGUCUGACUCGGGACGGUACAGGUGUGGUCUGGGCUCAACACACAGGAGCUUUGAGAUCAUUGUCGCAGACGCAUCAGUCCCAUCGACCUCUGAACCAACAACAACUCAGAGUUCACACUCCAUUACACAACGUUCAACACCUUCAUCAGGUUUCCCUGAAGCCACCGACCAGUCUGAGACAACAAUCUCAACUGACGAUGUGACUCUGUACGGAGGCGUGACUCUGGCCGUCAUGGUCGUCCUGCUGUCUGUGGUUGUGCUGAUAUUCUGCAGAAAGAGAGCCUCUGGCUCGAAGGAACCUCCUGUGGGAACAGAGCGUGAUUCUGUCACAGAGGGAAACCGAGUGUAUGAGGACAUCGGAGAGGUGGACAGACGGAACACGUCUCCUCGUGUGGAAAACCCCUCGGUUAUCAUUUACUCCAAGUACACCAAACCAAAUGGAGGGGAAACCAAUGAUGUCCACAGCUUCGGCUCUGCAGCCAGUUCUCAGCACCAAGCUGAAGACGACUCAAGUAGACUCACCUACACUGAGGUGAAUUUCUCCAGGAGGACCGACUCGCCCAGCAGCGCCCCCCGUGGUGACCAAAGCGAGGUGGUUUAUUCCGUCCUGCAGGUAGAAGUGAGCUCUGAUCCCAGCCACACCUGAGACGAUCCCCCUCAGUACUCGACCUUUACUUUACAUUUCCUUGUGACUGCUGCUACAAACGAAUUUCCCCACGGGGAUUAAUAAAGUAUCUCUUAAUCUUAAUCUUAAUCUUACAUCAGCAGUAACUUCCCCAGCGUCUCUGUAGGGUGAGGGACUCUAACUCUUAGAGAAGCGAGGGAGGCAGCAGUGAGCCAUCAGAGCCUCCACAUGAAAGUCUGACACUUUCACACCUCCUUUCUCAGUCAGUACAUUCUGUCAUUUCCUCUUUGUUAGAUAGUUUUUUCCUUUAUUCUUUUUAUUUAUUUACAGUUGAUCUGUGGUAAACUGCACCACACGUGGGUCAUUUUGUAAAGACUGUGUGGUGAAAGCUGAUGUCUGUCAGUUUCUGGUUUCUGUGGUUAGACAUGGUGAUCAGCCGUGGAUCCUCGUGGAUCUGCGUUCAUCAGUUGUUCUGCUGAUUCCACAGGUUUCAGAGCUGGUUUUCUUUUGAUGUCAUCUUGCCCCAGCUUGAUGACGAGACAAAGCCCGAGCCUUUGUCCUCACUACAGUUGUUUGGAUUUUUCUUCAUUUUAUAUUUUCAACAUUUCCUGUUUAAUAUUUUUGGACAUUAAAUCUUCGAAUGUGAAAUAAAAACAGUCGGUUAAUUACACACAUAUGCUGGUGACUGUGGGGCAAUGAAAUUAGUGAGGAAGCCAAAUUCUUUCACCCUCACACUUUUCACUUCAUAUUACCAGUUUGUAGUGUGACCAUUUCGUCAGUAGGUGGCAGUGUGGCUCAGAAACCUUCACUGUUCCAUCAGU